AGCGCGGCCGCGUGCUAUCCGCUCACUCAUCAUGUGCACACAAAAGAAUCUAAAUCAUAAACAAAACAUUACUAGUGCUCAUUCAAAUUAAUACAACCCUAUACGAUGUGACCCAUUCAAACUAAAAACCCGUUUUUAUUAUUUUUGAAACCGCGAUCCAAUUUUCUUACACUUUAUUCUCAUGACACUAUGGCGAGAUGCAUUGAAAGAUAGUGAAACCGGUAAAUCGUGUUGUGAAAAGUUGUGUGGUGUGCAAAUUCGGUUGUCCUAAUCCGGUUGUUAUCGAUUUUUGACGUCACUAACCCCGAACAGCUGUUUUAGGGAUGCGGAAGCGGUCAUUCAACGGCCAGUGUUUUCCUGUAUAAUUUGUAAAUUCUUUUUUUAAUUUUGUCGCGGUGAGAUGAGAAUCGACUGAAAUUACUCAAUACCUGUACAAUUUUUAAAGUACCCACGUUUAAGGAAUAAAAUUACGACGGGUGAACAACAUUGAUCGCUGCAACGAUUGAAAAGUGCAUUUACUUAUAAAGUGUAGUGCAGUGCGUUAAAACUUGUGUUUUAAAUCAAGAAUCAAAAAUAAUUAUAGUGAACCUGUGUAUUAUUAUCGUGCUAGGAGCAUCAAGCGCCUAGGCACAGUGUUUUUGGUCAAAAUUCAGUGCAAAACGGAUUCAUUUGGAUUGGAUUUGCGCCGAGGAUUUAGACUGGGAGGUGAUAGAAAGGUGGUGACGUGUUGCCCGGGAGGCGAUGCAGGGCGGGGCGGCGGGGGGCGCCCGCUCCCGCCCGCCCUCUGACCUCCAGCAAGGUGUGGCCCGCUUCCCCCUCUAUUCGCUGUUCCCGCAAGGAGCGAACCGACCCACAAUACAUAAAGUAACGGAGAGUUUGUUCUCCACGUCUCUGUCGACGUUCGGCGUGCCGACGCCGCCGCCGAACUCGCCCUACUCGCCGCUGCAGCUUGAGUUUGUCAACUGUCAGCAGCGGGUUUUGCUUGCAGACAAGGACUCAAAUAAAAUGGAUGACGGGAAGCUAGGCAAGUGCAUGCCUGAGCUGUGCUGCCCCGGCGACCGGCCCAUGAUCGAGGGUCUCAACGUGAUGCAGCCCCUCACUAUCAAGACGGAGCAAGCUAAACGCUCUUGCAAUACCUGUCUCACCAACUCACCCAAAAAGGUGAUGCACACAGACAGCGGUUGUAGCCGCACCAACCCAGUGACGUGGCUGGGAGUAGGUGCACCUGGCGUGCAGGUGGCGGUCAAGCGCGAGCCGCCGCCGCUGCACGUGUCCGAGCUGGUGGCUGUCAAGCUUGAACAGGCGUCACCAGGACAUAAGGACCCCCCCAUGCCGCCUAUACCGCCCUCGCUCAACAACGGUUCCAUUCCCGUUGGGAUCGCGGUGGCGCGGCAGAGAGUCGGCGACGCCGGCCUGCUGGCUGCGCUGUCGCAGCAGAAAGACAACCAGCAACGAUUACAUGACAUCGAGCAGGCGGCCAUGGCGGUCGGCGUCGCCAACGUGGUGUGCGACGAGCGGCCCGCCCUGUGGCCCGCCCCGCCCGCCCCGCCCGCGCCCCUCUGGCAGUACCCCGCUCAAGUGUCCAUGGAGAGCAUGAUGGUCGGCGGCGUCGGCGUCGGCGGCGUAGGCUCUGUCGGCGGCGGCGUGCCUUCCGUCGGCGGCUUCCAGCUCGUGCGAGAGCCGACUUCAGGAGCGCUACUGCUGCUUCCGACGCCGCCCGAUCUACAACACGCCGUCGUCUGGGGCGGCGUGCCCUACCCCUCCGCGCCCCUCAUCCUCCCCCCUGCCCCCCACCCUCCACACCACCUCCAGCUCCUCUCCGGGGACCUCCUAGCCUCCACAGCCACACUACAACACACUCACACGCACUCCACCCGACUUGUCACACUAGCACCCGCUCCAGCCCCUCAACCACACCCCACUCAUACAGCUGACAAAAGAAAACCCAUCAUCCAACCCCUCAUAACCCCUCACGCGCUAAUAAAGAUCGAACCAGAACCGCCCCAGGAGAAACCUCAACCCACCUUCGCCCCGGAACCGGUCCAACCGCCGAUGAUGGCGACGCAUUUGUAUUACCAGCCGGAGUUCCCGGAACAAGCUUGCAGGUACCAGGCGCCUUCCCCGGCGGCCCCCCCGACGCCUCCGCCCGAAGCUAACGAAGCCCCCGCCCAGAAAGACGCAUCGAAUCAAACUGACCACAUCGAUGAGGAUGACGAAUCUCCCAAUCAUGCCGACGAGGACGAAAGAGACGUCGCGUGCGUCGGCGUUGCUCACUUCCCCGAAGACAAUUGUGUGCAAACGCAAACUAUUUUACAGCCUUCCUCAAUUGACAGCGCUGAGGAAUCCUCCUCCGAAGGCAUGGCAACUUCUGCCGUGGUGGGAGCGGUCGAGAAGGCAAUAGACGCGAUCGAGAGAGACGAGGCGAUGGACAAUUCCAGCAGCGGAGGAUCUCAUGAUCUGGUCAUAGACACGGCUAACACUUCGCCUAUACAGCACCCCCCGCCGGCCCCUCGGCCGCCUGUCGAUGUCAGUGGACUAGAACUACUGUCAAACAGCAUUGAACAGUUCGAGAGAACAACGCCUGGCACCAGCAUGCCCACGUUAGAUCCCACACCAUUAACAAUUGACACGAGAACAUCGACAAAAUUAACAUUGUUGAAUUUGAAGACGUCACCAAAAUCUCCACCCAGAACCGAAGCUGAACCUCAUGCUCGUUUUGAGUUUCCCUCCGCGGAACCCAGCACUAGUGAAAGCGCCAAGCCAUCUUUGGACGGCCUCGGCCUGCUAUGUGCGUUAGCCGAGCAAAGAUUUAUGGAGGAAGUCGAAAACCCUCCGGCAAACCUCUCAAUGUCUUCCCGUCCGUUUAUAAAGAGCGAACCGUUGUUGAGUCCCACCGAAAGAGACAGAUCAGCGGAGAAAAAGGAAAGACAUAGGCAUAGAGAUGGAGAUUCUUCCAGUGAGAGAAGGAGAAAAAGGAGCCGCGACCGUGCCGAACGGCUACGUCAUAAAAUGGAAAAGAUGCGACGACACAAAAGGGAAAGAGAUCAAGAUGAAGGAAGAAACAAUGGCGGUGAAAUAGAGGCCAGCCUUAGACGAGUGACCGCGUGCUCCUGUGGGUCUAAUAACUGCAGCCACGCUUCGGCCGUGCCUUCCGCCCACGAUCUGGUCAAUGCGAUAGAAAAAGACAUGAGAGAAAGACUGCAAGACCUCCAGCGUCAAUGUGAUGAAAAGAGAGCGCAACUGAAUGCCUUAACCCCUCCCUUACCUGCCUUAUCGACGCCUCCCACGCCUUCCACGCCGGCCCUAUCCCCCGACUCGGAUAGAGGGUCUUCAAAGAAACGAAAAGUAGGCAGACCGCGAAAAGUUUCUAGUCCAGAUUCAACGGAGACAAUCGUUGCUAAAAAGCCGAAAUCCAAAAGCAGUUUGGUCGGGUACUUGCUGGCGAAAGGCAAAUUGAAAGGGGGCAUUCUGUGCACGAGAGGAGAGCCUUCGAGAGACGAGGCCAGGACGAGCAAAGUGCGUCCGAAGCUGAAAGCGGAACCGAUUCUCAAGGUGCACUCGGAGGAGGAAGAAUCAGAAUGGGGCCUUAAUAGAUCUGCGAGUUCUUCCAUGGAGAGUCUGAACGAGGUGCGGCAGAAGAAUCGGGAGAAAGUAGAUCGGUUGGUGCGGAAACAUUCGCGCGACGAUUUGCCGGAGUUGGAGUUCGCUAUGCGUAGGGCGAGUGCUUCCAGUGAUAGUGAUAAGGAGAGGCGUAAAGCUAAAAAGCGGCGAAAGAGUGUUAAGUCGAAGGAGAGACACGAGGGAGAAGUUAGUGAACAGAAUUCGGAGCCAGUGGCGUCGAAAGUUUCGAGGUGUACGCUGACCGAAGACAAGCUUGAUUCGUCUCCAAGAGUCCUGACUGCCAUGGGAGGGCUGUUCUACGCCGGCAAGCUGAGUGCUGUCCAGGCUCCUGACGUAUACGCCAUAACGUUAGACGGCGAAAGGGGCAAUAAGCCUCACAUACUGUCCAGAGAGGAAACACUGCGAGAUGCUAUCGUCGAGGUGACUCCAUCAUCAGUAUCCGAACUGCCCCCGGGUACCAGAGUCUGUGCGUAUUGGUCGCAGCAGUACCGUUGUCUUUACCCGGGAACCACCGCGCCCGCGUCCCCCGCACCGCCUGAAGACAAGUUUGUGGCGGUGGAGUUCGAUGACGGAGACUCGGGCCGGAUAGCGAUUGAGGAUAUACGGUUCUUGGAGCCGGAUUACCCGGUUGUUGAAUACGAAAACCCGUUAUUCACUCUUGGCAAGCGGAGAAGGAACACCAGCGUCACGGAAGACAAGAAAGCAGCAAUUUCUGUCACCAGCGACCCCAAACCAUCUACAUCACAUACUGUCCCUAAGACCGACGACGAAGACCGCCACAAGGACCGCAAAAAACUCAAAAAGCACAGGAAAGACAAAACCAAACGCCACUCCAGCGAAGACGACCCAACAGCCUUGGACUACGUCAAGAAGAAGAAAAAGAAACACAAAUGCUGCGAAGAACAUUGCAAGCACAGGAGACACCACAAGAAACACCACAGAAAACACAGGAAGAGGCACCAUUCGAGUUCUAAAGAACAGUCCAGUUCUUCUGGAGACGAUCACCAUAGACAAAAGUCUUCUGAUUAUGUAGAUUCGAACAAGUCUAACGAAGAUUCCGGCGAUUCUAAUGAUAGGUUAUCCACUCUGAUAGCAGUAGAGAAGUCUCCUGAAGAGAAAAUGAAGACCGUGAUCAAGAAAGCAGUGUUGUCCAAGAAGGCGUUGGUCAAGAACGCAGUGUUGGACUUCAGUAAUCUGGCCAAAGUGGUGUUGACCAAGGAGGAUCAGGUCAAAGACAAUCUCAAGGAUAGCGGCAUAGGACUAGAGGAUGAAUCUCCUUCGACCAGUGAUGGAAUUAAAAAGAAAACCAAACGCCGGACGGUGUCAUCGACGUCAUCCGACGGGGGCGCGGCGGGCGGCGGCGUCAGCAAGAUGGCCGCCUUCCUGCCCGGAGGAGCCCUGUGGCGGUGGCACGGGCCGGCUUACCGCCGCACCGCCAGGCCAAGGCAUAGGAAGCUGUUCUAUAGAGCCAUACAGAGGGGCGAGGAGAUCUUGAACGUGGGCGACGCCGCAGUAUUCCUGUCAACCGGCCGUCCGGAUCGUCCGUACAUCGGGCGGCUGGUGGCUCUCUGGGAAGCACGUGGUGCCAUGGCGGUGCGCGUCAAGUGGUUCUACCACCCUGAGGAGACCGCGCCUUGCACGCGCCCGUUACAUUAUCCUGGCGGUCUCUUCGAGUCUCCCCACACAGACGAAAACGACGUGCAGACGAUAUCGCACAAAUGCGAGGUUCUGCCACUAGCCCAGUACAAGGAGCGCAUGGGCGACGACCCGGUCAAGUAUAGCACUGUGUACGACAACAACGACGUGUAUUACUUAGCGGGGCACUAUGACCCGACGCCGCAGACAUUGAAAAUGGAGCCGGAUAUUCCGUUCGCUAAUCCAACUUCCUAAAGCGUUAUGGCAGCCUGGUACACUGCGAGAUACUAGCGGAAUCCACUUACAUUAAAUAGGGGUUUAAAGUAUGAAAUGGACGAUUUUUUUCUUCAAUAUUCGAUAGCGAUUACCGUAGUUAUUUUUUUUUUAUUUUAAACUUCAUUUCAAGGACUUAUACAUAUUUACGUAUACAAUUUUAUGCUAAUUUCAGAAAUAAAUGUUCUAAAACAGCUCCGUUUCCGUUUUAGAAAUAUUAAUAUUUUUUUAAAGUAUCAUUUUUUUUGUGCAUCCUAUAAAUUAUGAAUGUUGUCUCAAUCUAUCCACAGAACAUAAGACCAAGAUUUGUGGUUACUUAAAAAAUCGCAAAAAUAUUUGUAUGGAAAAAUACGUUUUCGUUAACUUCUCAAUAUGAAACGGCAAUUUCAUACUUUUCAUCAUACACAUGAUGAAAUAUCAAAUAACUGAUGUAAGUGGACCCACAAUGCGCUUAGAUAUAAGUAAUUAUCUUAAGCAUCGUGCUAGCCUGGUACUGUACAGGCACAGUGCAGUGACAAUGUUACAGUGCAAUCAAACAAUCUUGAUCGUUUUAUUUUCCAUUAUUUACAUAAAUAGAAAGUACACAUUUUACCUAUCUCGAUGUUAGAGUGUGCAGUAGAUUCUUUUACGGUCUGUAGAUCCCAUUCACUAUACAGGUCCUAAAGUACAACGUAGAUUUUUGAGGCUCAAUUUAUGACAUUUUCACACUUGCCGUCCUCGAAGGCGUUACGACAUGUUAAAGUUACCCUUGUUAUGUUAUUUUAGUGGUAUCCCGUUUGGACUGUUGAUUACUUCGAGUGUGGGCCGAGUGAGCGCGGGACAUGGCUUGGUCUGGGCGACCGGUUCGGUGAUGAUAUGUGAUUUAUUUUUUAUACGUGUAACGCUGUAAUCUCAGUGUAUAGUAGUUGUAUUUUUCAUGUAUAUUAUUCUAUUAGAUUUUUAUGUAUACGUAGUUUUUCUUCCUAUUAUAAAUGUCUAUUAUCUUAAACGCAAUACUGUUUUGACUAGUCCCUUGUUUUAUUCAAAAUUAACCAGUGAUUUAUCUAAGUCGUGUUUUUGGAUAAUUUUGGAGAAAAUGUUUGACAAACAAUAAUUAAUGCGCAUAGAGAGGAGCUGUUUGUUAUGAUAUAUUGUUUUUUCACUGAUUUUUAUAUUUUUGGUUGAUAAUUUUAUGUUAAAUUGAGUAUACUUUAUAUCGAAAUGGUGCUAGACGCUUGAUACACUCGUUUAUUUUCGCCGUAAGUAAGACUGUAUAUAGAUAAGUUUGUAUGUAGUUGGUAUAUAAGUAUCGCCAGUGACUUGGUAUUUUUUCUGCUUUAUCUGAACGUUGCCAUUUACUAUAUAACUUCUUUUUUAUGUAUAAUUUUCACAGGGUAUGUGAUCGGGCCCUGCUUUUUAUCCUUUUGAUUCAUAUCGAAGUAUUUAAGGGACUGAAAGACAGGGAAGUAGGUAGGUCGACCAAGGGUAGGACUAGGUAGGUUUUGUACGGAGCGGCCGAUGGAGUUUAUAAGAAAAGUGGAAAGAUUCAGCCUUAACGUCGUUUUUAUGCUAAAAUAUUAUUGAAUGCUCUAGCGUUGUAAUUUUUUGAUAAGCUUCAUUAGUUCAGUUACUAAUAAUAAAUACGUGGCCAAAUAUUGUAGGAUCUUGGCAAAUUUAUAUUUUAAGGUCUCCAAAUGUAAUAAACUACAUUGUUUUGCGUGCGUCGUACUUUUUGUUAUAAAUUAACAUGUAAUCUAGUUUUUAAGUUUGUUUAGUAAGUAUUUUAAGGUUUUGUUUUAUUAUGAUUUUACAUAUACACAAAAAGCAUACUUAUAUUAUAUUGGACUCUAAAACCUUAAGACAAAUAUAUUGAAAAAUGAACUAAAAAGUGCGAAUUUGGAAACAAUAUUGAAAAAAGGUAUUUUUAUAUUAUCGUAAAGUAACUUUUUAUUUUAAAUAAAUGUAUGUAUCUGAAGCGGUUAUUAAAUAAGUACAAACUAUAAAGAACGAUAUUGGCUCGGCCCAGCGUAUGUAUACUACUUUUAAUUCAUACAAAAUUACAACAACCGUGCAACUGAUCGAGGCAAGACUUUGGAACAAAAGAACUGUUGUAAUAUUUAUGAAUCCAUAUUAAUGUUAGCUUGUAAUCGAAAGGGAAGCCAUAAAAUAUUAGAGUAAAGAUUAAUAAUAUAUCAGCAUUGAUAAUAUAAAGAUUAUAAAUACGCUUAAAUAAAAUAUUUUUGGCUGA